UGUUAACACUGCGGAGCGGUCGAAGCAGUUCCAACUAACUCAUCCUCGUCUUCUCCGCCCACACUGCCACUCACAUUGUGUGUGUAUAUAUAUAACUCCUACAGACAGCUGACCAAACUCUCAAAUCCAUUUCUCUCUCUCUGCUAUGGCUUCUCUGCUUCAAUCUAGGGUUCCUAAAAUCUCGUUUUCAUCUUCUAUCUCAUCAUCCGGCCUCCAAUGGCGCCCGGCAUCUGCAUUUCCGGCAAGGCCGCGGCAGAGAGUACUGACCGUGCAGGCCAAGAUCAGGGAGAUCUUCAUGCCGGCCCUCAGCUCUACCAUGACCGAGGGCAAGAUCGUGUCCUGGAUCAAAUCCGAGGGCGACGUCCUCUCCAAGGGCGAGUCUGUGGUCGUCGUGGAGUCCGACAAGGCCGAUAUGGACGUCGAGACCUUCUACGAUGGUAUUCUCGCCGCCAUCGUUGUUGGAGAAGGGGAGACCGCUCCCGUUGGGGCUCCAAUUGGAUUGUUGGCGGAGAAUGAAGAUGAAAUCGCUGAAGCCAAGGCGAAAGCGCAAUCCGGUGGUUCCUCCUCUCAGUUUGCUCCUUCCGCUCCUACGCCGCCUCCUGCCCCGGCUGCUGCUGCUUCUCCGGCUCCUCCACCUAAGGCCGCAGCUCCGGCACCGAGUGAUGGGCCGAGGAAGACCGUAGCGACUCCAUUUGCGAAGAAGCUGGCGAAGCAGCACAAGAUUGAUAUCAAUAAGGUGGUUGGAACUGGGCCUUUUGGGCGGAUAACUCCGGGCGAUAUUGAAGCGGCUGCUGGAAUUGCGCCGUCUAAGACUGCUACUCCUGUCGCCAGUGUGGCUCCAACGCCUGCUUCUCCUAAAGCUGCUGCUGCAACUACAUUUCCGGAAAUUCCAGGGUCUACUGUGGUUCUCUUCACGACGAUGGAAGCGGCCGUUUCGAAGAACAUGGUGGAGAGUCUCUCAGUGCCCACUUUCCGGGUGGGGUAUCCCGUGACUACCGAUGCACUCGAUGCUCUGUAUGAGAAGGUUAAGCCUAAGGGUGUGACAAUGACUGCAUUAUUAGCUAAGGCUGCGGCAAUGGCACUUGCUCAGCACCCAGUAGUGAAUUCUACCUGUAAGGACGGAAAGAGUUUUACAUAUAAUAGCAGUAUAAACGUUGCAGUAGCUGUGGCAAUUAAUGGUGGAUUGAUAACUCCCGUUCUUCAGGAUGCUGAUAAGUUGGACCUUUAUCUGUUAUCUCAAAAAUGGAAAGAGUUGGUGGAAAAAGCCAGAGCAAAGCAACUUCAGCCCCAUGAGUAUAAUUCCGGGACUUUCACUCUUUCCAAUUUGGGCAUGUUUGGAGUGGACAGGUUUGAUGCUAUUCUUCCGCCAGGCCAGGGGGCUAUUAUGGCUGUUGGAGCAUCAAAACCUACUGUUGUUGCUGAUGCUGACGGAUUUUUCAGUGUGAAAAGUAAAAUGCUGGUGAAUGUUACAGCAGAUCACCGAAUCAUCUAUGGUGCCGACUUGACUGCCUUCCUCCAGACCUUCUCAAAGAUCAUCGAGAACCCAGAGAGCCUGACAAUGUAGAUGACGAUUGGGGAUUCUAUUCUAGUUCUAGUGAGAUGAUAUAGAGAAGAAUCACUAUUGAAUCAAAGCGCGGCUUAUAAUCCUGGUUUGCAGCCAGCAAGUAUACCACUAAUAUUGUCAGCUGGUAAUCUUAUGUUGUAUCCCCCAAUUCUUUUUUCUUUUGCGUUAUCGGCAGGCGGGAGGCACCAGGCAGUUUUGACGAGGGCAACAAAAAUUGUUGAAAAUUUACGCUGGGUCCCCCCCUGGAUUGUCUUAUCCAUCUUGUUAUAAGGUUUGGCCUUUUCUCUUCACUUUGUUGCUGGUUUUUGCUAUAUUAUUAUUAUGUCAAUGUCAAUUACUAUUGUCUAUUUGUUACA